UUCACUAGCUCCUCCUACUUGACUAGCUAGCCAGCUAGCCGCUGUAAAAGCGGCCAGAAAUCUUUAAAAUAACAUUGAGGGCCUCCUGGAUGAGACGUAUUCACUCAGAAAACACAAGAAACUGCCUUUAUGGGACGCUUGAUCGGUGGAUAUUACGACGCGAUGGCCAGCUAGCGAGCAGUCUAAAGCUAGCUGCAGCUAGCUGGUCGGCUAGCCGGGGUUGGAGCUCCGGACCCCCGCAUCCAACUCUGUCUUUUUCGCCUCUAUGAAAUUAGUUUCCGUGCCAUGCCAUCUUUGAUUUAACAGAGCGUUUGUUCUUACGUUUAUUAAAUUAUAUUAGUAAGGGAAAGGUUUUCCUUUUAUAAUAUGUAGGUCACUGUACCCGACCAAUGAUAGUUAUAUGGGUCAUCAUCGGGUUAACCUAUGAGCAGGAACAGCUGGUUAGCACGGUAGCUAGCUGUUUUGGUAUUUUUUUAAAAUAUCAGUUAUCAGUAACAGAAAGGCAAUAACGUUAAUGCACAUGCUUUUGUUAGUGAGGAUUACUCUGCAGCGUGUGUGGCUGAGGCUAGCAUCGAGUGGAACAUUUAUUUUUUUUCCAUGUUUUGGAGUCGUCGCUGGACCAUCGUUAGCUAACUUGGCUAACUAGCCGGAUCCUGUUAGCUCAGUUAACCGAGCAGCUUCACCAACUAACCAGGAAACUAAGUAAUCAUGCUGAGUAAGGAGCCGUGUUUCCUCCGCGCCUAGCAGCAGCAGCUUGGUGCAGACAAAGUGGACUGUUUCUGGGGUUUGGUGAGAGGAGGGAUGGCAUUUCACGGUGCAGGCCGGCAGACCGUCUGUGGAGACUUGUUUCCGGGCUCUGAGUUGGGCCACAAGUAUUUCUGUGUCAACUCCUCCUGCGGAGCCCCCUCCACGGGCCUCAGUGCUACGCCGUGCCUGACUGGACCCACCGCCCCGGCUGGGACCCCUCGUCACCCCACAGCUCUUGGAGGGAGCACCGGCGGCGGAGCAGCAGUGCCUCAGCCCUACAGCAACCCGGCCAGUGAGGUGCCCAGCCCUGCAGAAAUGGAGCCUGACCGCCCCAUUGGUUAUGGCGCUUUUGGUGUUGUCUGGUCCGUUACUGAUCCACGUGACGGUCGCAAGGUGGCUUUGAAGAAGAUGCCUAAUGUCUUCCAGAACCUGGUUUCUUGUAAGAGGGUCUUCAGAGAGUUGAGGAUGCUCUGCUUCUUCAAACAUGACAAUGUUUUGUCAGCUCUGGAUAUUUUGCAGCCUCCACAAAUCGACUGCUUUGAGGAAAUCUACGUGAUAACAGAACUGAUGCAGAGCGACCUCCACAAAGUGAUCGUGUCUCCUCAGCCUCUCACCACCGACCACAUCAAGGUCUUCCUCUAUCAGAUCCUCCGAGGUUUGAAGUACCUGCAUUCUGCUGGGAUCCUGCACAGGGACAUCAAGCCUGGAAACCUGCUGGUCAACAGCAACUGCCUGCUUAAGAUUUGUGACUUUGGCUUGGCACGGGUGGAGGAGCCUGACCCGUCCCGUCACAUGACCCAGGAGGUGGUGACACAGUACUACAGAGCGCCGGAGGUGCUGAUGGGCUGCCGACACUACGGCUCUGCCAUCGACGUCUGGUCGGUGGGCUGCAUCUUCGCAGAGCUGCUGGGACGCCGCAUCCUCUUCCAGGCUCAGAGCCCCAUUCAGCAGCUGGAUCUGAUCACAGACCUGUUGGGAACGCCUCCUCUGUCGGCCCUGGCAUCAGCCUGCGAAGGAGCCAGAGCCCACAUCCUGAGGGGGCCGCACAAACCGCCGUCGCUGUCAGUGCUCUACAUGCUGUCUGAUGGAGCCACACACGAGGCGGUGCACCUGCUCUGUCGGAUGUUGGUGUUUGAUCCGGCCAAACGUAUUUCCGGCAGCGACGCCCUCUCCCACCCGUACCUGGACGAAGGGCGUCUGCGUUACCACACCUGCAUGUGUCAGUGCUGCUACUCUGUUCCCAGCGGGCGAGUCUACACCAGAGACUUUGAGCCGGUCGCCGAACGGCCGUUCAGCCACAGCUACGAGAACAGUCUGCUUUCUGUGUGGCAGGGAAAAGAGUUAAUCCAUCGCUUCAUCACGGAGCACCAGCAGGGCAAACGAGUGCCGCUGUGCAUCAACCCUCAGAGUGCUGCCUUCAAGACCUUCAUCAGGUCCACUGCAUGGCACUCCUCCAAGGUGUCCAGGAAGGAGGAGAGAUGAACGGUCCUCCUCUUUCUCAUGAGGGGCGACAUUUGAGAAAGGAUUUAUUGGCCGUGAAAAUACUGAAGAGUUUGGGUCUUUUUCUUCUUGUUUUGUUUUGUUUUGUUUUGUUUUGUUUUGGUUUUUUUCCCCACCUGGCGAGGUGUGGAGGGGAACAACACUCCCAACGUAAGAGGGGGAAACAGCCGACCCACCUGAGCUCCUCCUGAAAAUCCUCAUCAUUUUUUUCCCUCCUAUAAAUCUACUAAGUUUCCAGAUAUGAAAACUACUGCUUCACUUUUUUAAACGACCCAAACAGCUGAUGCUCGAGGCGUUUCCGGUGCUGAAUUUAAAAAAAAAAAAAAAAAAUGCUGCUGAAGUGCUGGAGGAGGGAUAAGAAAGAGGAACUUGGUACUAGAUUGGAUUUUCCAUCUAUAUUAGCAGAGACAUUAAGAAAUAAUGAUUUUAAUUGUUUGGUAGAAUUGUUGCUUAGCAAAUUUUUUGAAGUCAUUCCAGCCCUGUGCAAUAUGGUUUAAUUUAAACAAGCGGUAAACAUGCCGGGGGAGACCGAACACUCCGUGUGUGUUCACUUGCCAGCCGGAUUUUCAGACACUUGCUACAUGAUCAGAUCAGAUACCCAAAACAAGACCCGCCAAAUGACAUGACACCAUGAACCGCCAAACACCGCCAAGGUUUUCCUUGUUUUUAUUAUUAUUUUUUUAACUACAUUUGAACACAUCACUCACUGUGUUUUCACCGCAACUCAAUGCGGCGUUAAUAAUGCAAUUAAACAGAUGUAGCAGGUUUUAACCACAGAGUUCCCCAGUGUUCCUCCACACACACAGUUAGCUUUGUUAUUGUUUUAGUUUCUAUUCCUCUCGUUGAGUCAUCUGGUCCUGGAUCAGUGUUGUUUCACCACCUUUAGAAACCUGCCUCAUUCAGCAGGAGAGAAUUUAAUCAGGAUACAAGUCUAGAAACAGGAAAUCAUUCCCCACAGUUUUACUGACGUCAACAGACCAUCUCAUUGCAAACUAUUUUAUUUUCAAGUCAUGACAGGAAAGUGUGACUUUAAGUCAUCUGAAACGAUGUUCUGCAGAAAGAUGCCAAAACUAUGAAUUUGGCAGCUCAUUUUUUUUUUCUUCUUCCCAUCUCAACACGUAUUAUUUUAACACACCACAUGGGUUUUAUUCCCUGCAGCCCUCCUCUGCUUCGACUUUUUGUCCCACCAGUGGAAGGACAAACAGGAAGCAACAAUGUUUUUUCUUUUUUUCUUUAUUCUUCUUUUUUUUAAUUUCUAAUUUAUUGAGUGUUUGUUGAAGAAUGUGUGUCUCCACCCUUUUUGGUUUGAAGUGUCUCAGUUACCUCAAACUCCUGAAAAGAGAAAAAGAACUGAUAUGUGCAUAUCUGUAAAGUGAACCCCUCUCGUCACACCUUUAAUGUCAUUCCUCCAGAUUCAGUGACUACUUCUUCUUUUACCUCGUGCUCGCUCCUCGCCUCUCGCCCCGCAGCUCAGAAUUAGUGUGAGGAUUUUUGAGAGAAGGAUGUUGUCGGUGAAAUGCUGCUGUUUUUGUUGUCUUUUUGUUUCUUUUAGUUUGUCGUUUUUACUUCCUGUUUUAGUUUCAGGCUCAGGUGUCCCGUUAAUAGACUAUGUAUUGUACAAAGCCACAUAAGGAAGCACCAGUAUUGAUCCUGGUUUGGAUUAUCAGUAAAGUACCAUAUCAGAUUCUACGCUGUAAGAUGUUUAGUAGAAGAUAUGUAUGAUAUUGGAAGGGAUAUCUGUCCUGUGUCGACAAACUGACUUUAUCAUCAAACACACAGGUGACUAAGUCUACCAUCUAAUUGGGUUCACUUCCUCUCGUGUUGCAAUGAAAUCAAAAGUGAACAUACUGGUGGUUUUUACAUGUUCAACCCUUUAAACUACAAACUUAGGAAAUCAUCCUGAAAGUGUUAGUUCAGUGGACAUGAACAUGCAAAGAUGUGAAACUUGCUGCAGAUCGAUAAGACAAUUUAACUUUUAGUUGUCAAUUAAUGGUUUGGUUCAGCAGUCCAAAACUCAAAAGAUGUUCAGUUUACUUCAAGAAACUAUUCAGAUUUCAGAAACUGGAAGUGAAUUUUUGACUUAAACCCAGUAACCCCUUUGAGGAAAAAGUGCCGACUUUAGCACACUGGCAGCACUGAGUUCACUGAAGAUGCACCAUUUUGGUCAUCGUUCUGACUGAAAGACAAAACCUCCAACUACAACACAAACAUCUGCAGAAAGUUUUCAGUUUGUGAAAGUUUAUGUAGCUGAAAUGAACUGAAACUGAAGUCUGUGCUUUGACAAAAAGUUCAGGAGUAUUGUCAUUUGUAGAUAAAUCUGUGAAACAUGAACAACCAUCAGUAUGAUCCUCUGGUUUCUGGUGAUGCUCCCAAGAUGUUUGGUCCCUUUUUGACUGCAGGAACUUUUCCAGGAACCUUUUUAAGGACCUCAGGAACUUUUGCAAUGACAGUCAACUGGUGCCAACCAGGUGACGGCCAGCCACACCAGAAUUCACCUCACUUUGUCUUGUCCCAUGCUAAAAUUCACCUCUGACCAGACUGUUUGCUUUUUCAUCCACGUUUGGUUCAUUUAAUUUGAGGCUCCUGAGAACACAACGAAGGAACCUCCUGGUUUAGUUCCUGUGGCUCUUUAGUCGUGAGGAGUCUUGUACAUGUCCUGUACCUCCAGCAGGCGGGGCCCCUGAGCCUCCAGGCGCCGGAGCGUCUUUGUCGGUCCCUCACAGUUUCCUGAUUUUCUAACACCUGAAACCUCAGCUCCUCUUCUACAGGAACACAGCAAGUCUCUGUGAACAGCUCAUCACUGAGGCUGACUUGUAUAUCUGCAUGUGUAUAUUUAUUAUCCCAUGGAGAGCAUUUGGGUUUGAAUGCUGUGCAAUUGGUUGAGUUUGUCGACGAUGACGAAAACGUACAUUUUGUGGUAAUUUUUUUAUUUAAUUCAUCUUUAGGAAGUGAUUUUUAUUAGAAGUUUUGUUUUUGUUUGUUGUGAUCUGAUUAGAUUUUUACAAAAGCAGUAGGGAGAUUGUUUUGAGAAUUGUUCCCUAAAAACAUUUGAAAGAAAAAAAAGCAAGUAAACCUCUGCGUGAUGUCAGCACUAAUAUGUUUAUUUUCAGUUGGUGUUGUGAAAUAGCAACUUUUCAUUUUGAUAAUACAACAGAAAGUUACUGAUAUAAACUUAUUAGUGAAGAGUUAUCAGUAUAAUUUGUCUUUAAAUUACAUCUUCAUGUUCUCAAACUGCUGAGUUAGUUCUCUGAAAUUAACAUUAAUGCUCUCUCCUUUACAAUGUGUCUCUUAUUCCCUGAACACUCCCACUUUGGAUCUAAAGCUUAAUUACAAUCUUUGUCCUUAAAGCCAUGUCUGAUUUGUGUAAAGGUUGCCAAAGGGGAAACAUGGUGGUUUUAUUUAAAAAGAAAACACAUCCUGUCUCAAACUUUUUAAAUAUCAUACCGAGACUGCCAUCUUUCUCUACCUCUAACCAAAGUGUUCUGAACACCUAAACAUAACAUUAAAAAUGUUAAAGCUACGGUUAAUACGAAAGUAAGAAAAAAGUGAAAAUUUGGCAGAUACGUUCUGUCUGCACAUCUUGUAACUUUGCAGAAGAGUUUAAAAAAUGAACUUUGAACAGUUUGUUGAUUUACAAAUCUUGGUGUUUCUAUGAAAUGUCAGAAUACAAUUUCCUGUUGCAGUUUCCCCGAAUGACGUCUUUAAAUUACAUUAUUUUGUCAGGUGAUUCAGUUUACUGAAAAUGAAUUGCAGAAGAUAGAACUCCAGAUUUUUGUUGAAAAAAUAACUGAAAAGAAUAAAUUAUAUAUAAUGUAAUAUAAAUACAAAUAUAACAUUAGCAAAUAGAAAACACAAAAUUAAUUUAUCAAAACAAGGGGUCAUUUGACGGAGUGAUUUGUUCAUUUGAAGCUCAGAUUUACUCAUUUAGGGAACAAUGAAUCAAAACUUUUUCCCUUUUGGACUUUUUCUUUAUUUCCUUUAUUUCUGUUGUUGUGUUGAGUAGAGAUCCUUCAGGUGAGAACCAGUUUUUAAACUAGAUGACCUCCCUGCACACUGUUCAGAGAUCAGCUGACGAGUGCAUUUUGAGUCUUUGAUUCAGCUCUAGUCUGUAGAUGAUUAAAGCAGAGUGAGACAGACAGGCAGGCUGAAAGACAGACAGACAGACGGCUGGUCAUCUUUAGAAAUUAGAGUCGUUUUUCUUCUAUGAAAAGAAACUUGAUGUUUUUAUUAUUAUAAAUAUGAAACUGAUGUUUUGUCUUCGUUUUAGCAAAAAAAAGUUUUGUUUGUUUUUUUGACCUGUGUUCCCAACAAAUACUUGAAUUUCUUAAAAAAAAUGUUUAGAGUUAAAGUAGUGAAUGAUAAAUAAAUAAAUGGACA